AUGGAUAUUGGCAGUGUUAAAGCGACAACCAAUGUUUUGCUGACUGAUACUAUUAUUGUUGAAUCAUCUGAAGUUGCAACCAUAUCUACCGUCCAGAAACAACCCAAAAGCUCAAAAUCUGAAAGACCAACAACUGUGCCUUCAAAAUUAACAACAGAAGAAUACCUUGAAACAAAUGUGGAAUCCAAUGUUACUGAAAGCAUUAAGAACAAUAUCACUUAUAAACAGGUCACCAUCGGGGCUGUUGCUGCAGACCAUGCAAAGUGUUCUGAAAUUGGAAGAGAUGUUUUAGCCAAGAAUGGAUCAGCGGUAGAUGCAGCAAUAGCUUCUUUAUUAUGUAAUGGAAUUAUGCAGCCACAUAGCAUGGGUAUCGGAGGAGGAUGCUUUAUGGUGAUAUAUGAUAAGGAAUCACGACAAGUAGAUGUUAUUAACGGGAGAGAAAUUGCACCUAAGGCGGCUACAAGAGAGAAAUACAUCAAUGAAUCAUUUUUGUUUGGACCACUAUCAAUUGCUGUACCUGGAGAACUGAAAGCUUAUUGGGAAGCUCACCAAAGACAUGGAAAGCUACCAUGGAAAAGUUUAUUUUUGACUUCUAUUGAAAUGGCAGAAGAAGGUGCUGCUCUAUCGGCAUCUGCAGCUCGUGGGUUAAGGUUCAUUCGAAAAAAAAUACAAAGAGAUUUUAAUUCAACCAUUGCAGAAAUCAAAAUAUACUGUGAUAAAGAUGGUAAAAUAUUGAAAGAAGGUAGUACUGUAUACAGAAAAGUACUUGCUGAAACUUUACGAGGAAUAGCAGAUGAAGGUCCUGACUAUCUGUACAGCGGGAAAGGAGCAAAGCGCCUUGUCAAGGAUAUAAAGAAUUUUGAUGGAAUUAUAACUUUAGAAGAUUUCAAUAAGUAUGAAUUACGGAAAACACCAACACUGACAUACAAAUAUGGAAACUUUACAAUGUAUACGCUUGGUGCUCCUAGUGGAGGUCAUGUAAUGGGUCUUAUUUUACGUGUCUUAGAAGGUUUUAAUUUUACACCCGAAGAUCUCAGCAGCCUUGAUAAAGAAAUUGCCAUGUACCAUAAAAUCAUUGAAACAUUUAAAUUUGUUUAUGCUGACAGAUUGAAACUAGGAGAUCCUCUGUAUACUGAUCUGGAAGAGCUUUUGGAUAAAAUGAUGUCACCAGAGUAUGCCGAACUUCUAAGAAGCAAAAUAGACACAAACCAGACUUAUUCCGAAUCCUAUUAUACGAAUAUAACUAGUAAACCAUGGGAUAGUUAUGGUACAUCACAUAUCUCAGUAUUAGCUCCAGAUGGUGAUGCUGUAUCUGUUACAUCUACCAUCAAUUAUUACUUUGGUUCGCUGUUAUAUUCGCCAUCUACAGGUAUUAUUUUGAAUAAUGAAAUGGCCGAUUUCCACGCAGGUGACUAUGCACUACUGGACGAAUUACAGUCUGAAUCUGCAAAUUAUAUAGCGCCUGGUAAAAUGCCACUAUCUUCUAUGGCACCCGCUAUCUUUGUUAACCAAGAUGGAGAAGUGGAGUUGGUAAUAGGUUCAUCGGGUGGUGCUAGAAUAACUACAGUUAAUGCCCAGGUUGCAGCAAGAAUUCUGUGGUUUAAACAGACAGUGAAAGAGGCCAUAGAACAUCUUCGAUUUCAUCAUCAACUAAUUCCAAAUCAUAUCAUCUUUGAAGAAAAUUUUCCCAAAAAUAUCAUGAACACACUUAAUACAAAAUAUGGUCAUGAAUAUACAGAAAGGACAACUUAUAUGGCAGUUGUUCAAGGCGUAGCCCGUAAUCAAUAUACUGGUGAAAUAGAAGCUAUAUCAGACCAGCGUAAAUAUGGACAAGCCAGCUUAUUACAGAAAAAUGUGACUAUUUCGACAUAGUUGCCAUUAUAAUAAAAAUAAAGUGUGCAUAUGUGUAGACAUACCAAGGUGGACUAAGGGUCGACUGGCUAUUUAAAGCAUCGAUAUCCCAAAAUUAAGGAUCAACUAGCAACUUUAUUCAACUGCAUGGUCAGGUUCCACAAGCUCAUUUAGACAGUCAGAUUCAACAUUGCAUAUGACAUGAACAACUACCGACAACUGGCUGCAAGUGUGAUUUUCCAGUCUCUGAUGCGCCUAGGUUGAAUAAAUUUUGUGUUUGAUCAGACUAUCCCUGAUGUCGGAAUCUGUGAGUAGGAAGCAGUCGUCGACAAUCCAGUUGCUGCUUUAAGAUUAGCCGCAAAGUAAACCUUACUCGAUUAACGCGUUCUAUGCCAAUAUUGGUCCUAUAUUAAGGCCAAAUUUACAACAUUAAUGGACGAAGUGGAUAAGAAUUCUUCAAAAACAACCAUUAUUCAAAAUAAGCCGAGAGUUAAUGAAUAAUUGAAAACUAGACAUGUGGAUAACUUCAGUAAGUCUAUCAAUGAAUACUUUAGGUUGGCUUCUUUUCAUGAGAUGUUUUUCAUGAAUUGUAUCAAAUUUGGCAAUAGCGAACGCCAGGAAUAUGAUAUAACAAACACAUUUACAUUUAUAAUUUUUUUUUAUAUUUUGAGUUUUAUAAAAGUCAUUUAAACCACUGAGUAUAUUUUGUGAAAAUAAAUCAAUCCAACUU